UAUGAUUGGAUAAGCCACUUGUCCGUCAUCUAUUGACGUGCUACUUCAACCACUCACAUCGAAGCCAACCCGUGAUUGACUCAGUGCUCCUUCCCUUCUUCCCUUAAUUAAAAAAUACGCACUCCAAAAGCCACGGUUGUGUCUUAGAGUGACGGAGCAUAGCGCUAUCUGUUAAGGUCUUCUUUUCAAGGCAACUGUUUUAUCCUAGCUGCAGGGGCUCUGUAGUCGGCUCUGCCCUAGUAGUGUAAUUAAUGCUGUUUUGAGGGAAAUCAAUUUUGCUUCAUUUUAUUGUCAGCAGAUAUCUGUGGGUGCUUACAUUUUUGACAGAAGAUGAUGUAAGAUAAACAUUUUUCCUUGAAAAUGGCAUUAUGUCAAUUUUACAUUAAGUUGUUGCCUUGUACACACUCAGAAGAUCCUCAUUGCUGUCUAUUUUUGAUGCUACCAUGGCUUUAUGCCAUGCAAUGCAUUACACAAUCACAUCUCAAGGCUACUGAGAAAGUCAUUUUGUCUGACAAGAUCCAUUUGUUGUAGAGCGACAGACAGCAUUCAGGCAGAUGUCCUCGGCCCAGCCUCUCUACCGACAAAAGUUAAUUGUCAACUCUCGAAAUGUGAACAGGAAAGUUCUGCCCUCUCCCUCCUACAUGUUCUCGGACAUUGAAUAGAGCCACUGUUCCAGAGCAUUCCAUAUACAGCAACCUCUUAGUGAAUUGGGAUACCAGACCACAUUAUACUCAUGAGGUUCGUUCAACUCAGCAUAAGAGCUGAAGUCUGUUCACUUCACAAGGCAAUGUGUUAGGAUCUGUCUGAGCGCUUCCUGAAGCGCCGCACAGACAUCUGCAAAGCGGAUCCUAAUUAAGGCAUCACCUGUAGGCCAAGCAAACCUCACCCCGUUCACCUUUGUGCCAAUUCUGGCAAAGCUGCCAACAAAGAGCAGAAUCAUACUUGUCGGGAGAAAAUUACUAUCAGCAUUUCACCAAAACCAGAGUUUAGAGGAACCCAUCAAAGACACGUCGUAUGAAAAUACCAUGGACGGGGGUGUUUACAAGGCAGAGUUUGUGUACAUAGGAGACUCGGAGGAAAACGAGCCAGCAGACUCCCCUCGAGAAACGACACAGGCGAAAAAGCUGAAGGCGUCGUCCGCUGAUCUGAUCGCUCAAACCCCACCCUUACCCUCACCCUCGCCCUCUCCCUCACCCUCCACCCCUGUCCCCGCUCUCGGGCAGAUCUCGAUCUGCAACUCCAGUGACUCCAGCCCCGCGUCCCUGCGUGCAGCCAUGGAAACCGACCCCAACAAACACGAGGGCUUCUCCUUUCGGCCCGGGCGUCACAGCACGUCUCCAGGCACCAGCGGACGGCUCUAUUUCAACCAUGAGCCAGAGUCGGAUCGAGACGAGUUCUUGAGCCCCGCCACGUCCGUCGACCUGCUGCCUUCGCUGGUGUCGUCGUCACGGGAGUCCAUCCUGUCCGAGGGCUGGGACAGGGACAGAAGCUGCCUGGCGUCCCCGGCGCUGUCCUCCCUCAGCCGCGCCUGGUCACCAUGCUCGUCCGUGCGCUCUGGCGCCUUCUCCCCAGCGGUGGUCCGAUUGACACGCCACUCCCUGGCGCCCGGCGCCAGUCUGGUGCGAAUGACUCCCGGCGGCAGCGCCAGCUGCUCCUCUUCGCGGGCGGCCAGCCGGGGGCCGUCGCCGUGCCCGUCCGUGUCGCCACAUGUCCGACACCGGCCGCCCCCCACGCAGCUCUCGCUGCUGACGGCCAUUCUGCGCAAGGGCCGGCUACCCGUGCUGUCAGCCGCCACCGAGAGGCCCUACUCACCCUGCUGGCCAAUCAGCCCUGUCCACAUGUCCUCAUGUCCAGCCUGCAGGGCCGCUGCACGGGUGGGCCCGAUGGUGGGCGGGGGUGUCGGACCACAAGACUCUGAAGCACACACACCCCAGCAGCACAGCUUGUGUCACAGAGAGACGUCCGAACCGAAGAGCCUAAAUUCAGUGGGAGAGCCGCAGUUCAUUUCACCGUCAGAUGGAGUGUAUGGCUCUCAAAAAUCUAUUUUCAGAUCUGAGCCCUUGAAGAGUUACGUCUCUAGUUGGGGCGCCGAGGCAUCACGGCUGUCCUCUCCAGCGACGAGGACCAACAUGUCGGACAAAUCUGCCAGCAAUCCUCCGCGACGUGUCCUCAAGCCAGUCAACGCCGAGAUCCAUGUUUCCCCGGCCCCGAGUCCACAGCUAUACACAUCCUUCUCCCGACUCUCCAAUUCGCCCAAACCCAGCUACGCCUCCUGCUGCGCCUCGGAGGGCCCGGGCGUCAUGUCGCCGCCGUGCCACAGAGGUACUGCUUGCUCCGCUCAGUCAGAAAACUCUCGACCAGCCUCCGGCUCAGAGAACGAUGGCAAUGCCACGCGACUUUCCUCCGAUAAGCUCUCACCGGCGGCGAUCCACGCUCACAGGCUGUCUCCUCUUCCCAGAAUCCCUCAGCUCUCAUCCCCACGACGCACACCCACCCCGACCCUGACCCCCACCCCCACCACAAUGUCCACCUCUGUGUCACCCGCCCCCUACCGCUCGGCCGCCACCCCAGACCGCUUCACUCUCUCCCCUUCCCCACUGACCCUGAGUCGCGACCUCAGCCCGUCCCCCUCCUUCCCUCCCUCCUCGACGCCCUCGCCCACACCAAAGGGCCGUGUGUCAGUCUCAGCUGACAGGGAGGAUAAAAAAAGCCAGCCAUGCAAGAUCAAGUCGUCUUAUAAAGCACUCGCCGCCAUCCCCACAAACACCCUUCUGCUGGAACAGCAGGCCAUUGACAAUGAGGUUGAAAAGAAAGAGAAUUCACUGGAUCCGUCUGAGACAUUCUCAAUGGAGGAGGCUCGAGCUGAGAUGUGCUCGCCUGCCCAGCUGAGGGCCCAGUCCGAGGAGUUGUAUGCCGUCAUCGACGAAGUCCUGGAAGAGAGCCCCAUCCCUUUUCGGCGGCCUCUCCUCUCCCCCUCCCCGACUACGCGUUGGGAAGAAACCGACUCGGUGAAGAGGUACACGCCAAGAUCCUCACCAAGAACUGUGGGAAGGGAAACUAAAUAUGCAAACUACCAUUUGCAAUCACCUGGCCUGGGCGAACAGCAUGUGACAAAGCCAGGAGUGAUCCGUCCAACCUCUGUAACUUCAAGGUUACCCACUGAUAACGAAGAGGAAGAGUACAUCCCAAAUCCUUUCAAGACGUAUCAGGACGGCCAUCUUAAGAACAACCCAAACAAGUAUGCCUGCUUACUUCAGGGGGAGCCUGAGGCAGAUGGUGGGAGACCUUCAAGCAGCCAGUCCUCUGCCAAAAAAAGCAUCUCUUCUGGUGGAAUGACGUUCGGCCUGUUACCCCCCAGCCUAUGGCUUGCCACGACAGGAGACUCCCAGACUGGGCCGUCAGCACUCACUACCACACUGGCCAAGAUGGAGGUGCAUGAAACUGACAUUUAGGCUGCCUUCAGUUGUUAAGAAAUCUAAAUGGAAAGCUCUCCUGCAAAUGUGAUAAUUAUAAGAUCAAUGUAUUAGCUGACUUGUUACAGAAGCUAAAUGUGUUUAUACUGAAAAAUAUGAAGGAGCAUAAAUGAAUACAUGUUAACCCUUGCACUGAUGCUGCUGGAUAAGAAUACACAUCAUAACAUAAUAACAUCAUAACAUCAGCUCAACCAAUUAUAAAUAAACAGCAUAUUUUAUUGAAUUGAAGGUGUUGAUUUUUACACAGUAAUAAAGUUAUUUUGUUUUGUUUACAGUGUUUAGCUACAUUUCUACCUUCCACUUGUUGUUUAAAGUGGAAAAAACCUUGUAGCCACAAUAAAUUUGCGUUACUUAAACUUUAA